AUGGCGAUGGGGCAGUCAAAGUCACACUCAUUUCUACUCACGGUUUUGCUAAACGUGAAGGACGUAUGGGAAAGGGCCCACCACGCAAGGGCACUUUUGGAUUCUGGUUUCCAAGUCAACCUGAUAUCGGAAAAUCUCUGCAAGCUGCUUCAAUUAUCACGGCGGGAUAGGAAGGUGGAAAUAACUGGAAUAGGACGAUCACGAAGCCGCACGGCUUUCGAAGUUUCCACCACAGUUUCUUCUCGGGUGCAGAAUUUCUCGACGUCAUUGGACUUUCUGGUUCUGGGGCAGGUCACCGACGACCAGCCAUCUGUCUCGCUUCCACAAACUCAACGGAAAAUUCCACCCGAUAUGGUUCUAGCCGAUCCUGAAUUCAACAUCUCUGGUCCGAUCGAUUUGGUAUUGGGUGCACAGUACUUUUACGAUUUCCAUGUACGCGAUGGUGGCCGGUUGCAAAUUCGCAAGGUCGACGAUACGCUUCCAGUAUUUGUCAAUACGGUGUUCGGAUGGGUGGCAGCCGGCGAAGCAAAACGCAUGGAUGAAUCAACACGGGUCAGCUGUCACGUUGCCAAGGUAGAAUCUCUGGACAAGGCAAUCGAAAAAUUCUGGACGGUUGAAGAGUUGACGAUCAAAACGCCACGGUCACAGGGAGAGGAGGACUGCGAGACGCACUUCGUGAACACAUUCACACGCGAUGACACCGGCAGAUAUAUCGUGCGAUAUCCCAAACGCAUGAACUUCAGCAGCAUGGUUGGCGAAUCGAAGCAGACGGCUCUGCGACGAUUUCUUCAGACAGAGAAACGAUUGGAACGAGACCCAAACCUACGAUCGCAGUACGUGGAUUUCAUGAGGGAAUACAUCAAGCUGGGUCACAUGAAAUACAUCGGUGAAGCAGACGAUUCUCGCUUGGAUAAAGAUAAAAUGGUCUGCUACCUUCCCCACCACCCGGUAUUUAAGGAAUCUAGUUCCACCACAAAGGUACGGGUAGUCUUCGAUGGAUCGGCGAAAACGUCCACAAAUCAUUCGCUGAACGAAGCUCUACUCACCGGCUCUACGAUUCAGGAUGAACUCUUGGAUCUGAUGCUCCGCUUCCGGAAACAUCUUAUCGCUUUGGUCGCUGAUGUCACGAAAAUGUACCGGCAAAUCUUAAUCCACCUCGACGACAUUCCCCUUCAACGAAUCCUGUGGCGAUGUGAUCCAUCAGAACCAAUUCAGGUGUACGAGCUGCUAACCGUCACGUACGGCUUGUCCCCAUGGUCAUUUCUCGCCACACGUGUGCUGAAGCAACUGGCUUUGGAUUCCGCUCACAACUACGAACUUGCAGCACGGACCGUGCAAGAAGAUUUUUACAUGGAUGACUUUCUCUCGGGAGAAAACACAGUAGAAGAAGCCAUAAAACUCCAGAAGGAAGUCCAAUCACUACUGGCCGAAGGGGGCCUCGAGCUGCGUAAAUGGAGCUCCAAUAGUCCAGAAGUCCUGGAGAACUUACCCAUCGGAGCGCUUGAAGGAGAAACAAUGCUGCACUUCGUAGCGGACCAGAAAAUUAAAACGCUAGGAGUGGGGUGGGAAACCGGAUCAGAUCAGCUUUGCAUCGAAGUACAACCAUCUACGAACGAAGGCAUUUGGACAAAACGCAAAAUUUUCUCGGCAAUUGCGAAACUCUACGACCCACUCGGAUUGGUCUCACCGGUUGUGGCAUGGGCCAAGAUAAAGAUGCAACAACUUUGGCUGUCAACUUUUGACUGGGAUGAUCCUAUAUCUGACGAUAUCGCCCGGAAAUGGGAGGAAUUCGCGGCCCAAUUGACCCUUCUGAAAGGCUACAAGGUUCCUCGGUUCGUCUUUCUGGACGAUUCGAUCUCCACACAAUUUCACAUCUUCACCGAUGCGUCCGAAGUUGGGUAUGGUGCCUGCCUUUACACACGUUUAACCGGCAAGGAAGGUCAAAUUAAAACCGAGCUCGUCGCGGCAAAAUCACGGGUUGCCCCUCUCAAACGGCUUAGUCUGCCGCGGCUCGAGCUCUGUGCUGCACUUUUGGGGGCGAAACUAUACGCCAAGGUUUCAGCAGCGCUGCGGAUGGAGGGUAUUCCUUGCUGGUUCUGGUCGGACUCAACGGUCACACUCCACUGGAUACAGGCACCACCCAAUACUUGGCAAACGUUUGUUGGGAACCGAACGUCUGAAAUUCAACAGCUAACUCAUGGCCAUAGCUGGAACCACGUGAAGGGAACAGAAAACCCGGCGGACCACGUUUCUCGCGGAAUGCUUCCCCAGGAAUUCGUUGCUAAUACCAUCUGGCGACACAUUCCUUCCUGGCUAGCGAAAUUGGAUGAAUAUUGGCCUAAACACAUAACUGGUACCGGAAGAUCUACUAGAACGGCGAAAAACGGUACUUGUGAUACAUCAACCACAGGAGCAUUCUUUCCUAUUUUACCGGUACUCAUCCUUCUGGCGUUUGGUUCGGAUCAUCGCUUUGUCGGGGAGCUAGAGCACGCCAAAGAAACGCUUACGAAGAUUGCACAGCAGGAGAUGUUCACUGAAGAGUUUAAGGAGCUCGUUAAAACUCGAUCCGUUUCCAACAAAUCAUCGUUGAGGUUACUUGGUCCAUUCCUCGACGAAAAAGGUAUCAUCCGACUCGGUGGCAGACUUGAACACUCUUCAGAGAACUAUCAGACCAAGCACCCUAUGAUCCUACCUAAAAUACACCCACUCACACGCCUCAUCACCAAACACUAUCACGAACUCUGCAUGCACUCUGGUCCUCGCAUGACUUUAGCCACGAUGAGGCAAGAAUUCUGGCCGGUGAACGGUAAAGCCAUCGUCAAUCUUGUGUGUCGCAAGUGUCCGCAAUGCUUCCGCCAAAACCCUGUCCCUGUCACGCAACCCGUUGGUCAACUACCGCAGCCUCGUACAGCACCUAGCAGAGCCUUCACUGUGGUCGGAGUGGACUACUGUGGACCCGUGUACACGAAACCAGCGCACCGAAGAGCAGCACCACGAAAGGCAUACAUCGCCGUGUUUGUCUGCUUUGCAUCCAAGGCUGUACAUCUCGAACUGGUCUGUGAUCUGUCCACGGAAGCCUUCAUCGCAGCUCUACGUCGCUUCAUCGCUCAUCACGGAAUGCCAACUGAGAUUCACUCGGACAACGGUACGAAUUUCCAAGGGGCAAACAACACACUCGCCGAACUGUACCGUCUCUUCGAAAAUAAACGCACCCGGGAAGCAAUUGUCAGCGAAUGCAGCAAACAUCGGAUCCAGUGGCACUUUAUACCGCCGAGAGCACCGUCCUUUGGUGGCCUAUGGGAGGCUGCUGUAAAAUCUGCGAAGACAUCUCUGGUGAAAACACUCGGCAACACCCAGCUUUCCUUUGAAGAAUAUGCGACUGUGCUGGCCCAGAUUGAAGCGAAUAUGAACAGCCGACCUCUGACGUCCCUAUCAAGCGAUCCAACAGAGCUGGAUGUCCUCACUCCCGGGCACUUUCUCAUCGGGUCGCCGCUUAUCAGCCUGCCGGAUCCGAACUACACCCACGUACCAACCAACCGACUCAAUCACUAUCUGCAGCUACAGAAACUCAUCCAACAACACUGGGACCGAUGGAGGAGGGAAUAUCUGACCGAAUUGAACCACCAGCGGGAGAAAUCCUCACUUCCGAUGGAUAUCCGAGUCGGACAAAAACACAAAUAG